GUCUCGGUCAUUAACACCGUGGACACGUCCCACGAGGACAUGAUCCACGAUGCACAGAUGGACUACUACGGCACCCGCCUGGCCACCUGCUCCUCCGACCGCUCCGUCAAGGUCUUCGACGUGCGCAACGGGGGACAGAUCCUCAUCGCCGACCUGCGCGGGCAUGAAGGUCCUGUGUGGCAGGUGGCCUGGGCUCAUCCUAUGUACGGGAAUAUCUUGGCUUCCUGCUCCUAUGACAGGAAGGUUAUUGUCUGGAAGGAAGAAAAUGGCACUUGGGAAAAGACCUACGAGUACACAGGACAUGACUCCUCAGUGAACUCUGUCUGCUGGGCCCCACACGACUAUGGCCUGAUCCUGGCCUGCGGGAGCUCCGACGGGGCCAUCUCCCUGCUGAGCUACACGGGCGAUGGGCAGUGGGAGGUCAAAAAGAUCAGCAAUGCACACACGAUUGGAUGCAAUGCAGUGAGCUGGGCUCCUGCUGUGGUGCCAGGGAGCCUUAUAGAACAACCCUCUGGGCAAAAACCAAACUACAUCAAAAGAUUUGCAUCUGGUGGCUGUGACAACCUGGUCAAGAUUUGGAAGGAGGAAGAUGGUCAGUGGAAAGAGGAGCAGAAGCUGGAGGCUCACAGUGACUGGGUGCGAGACGUGGCCUGGGCCCCAUCCAUAGGUUUGCCAACCAGCACCAUCGCCAGCUGCUCCCAGGAUGGCAGAGUGUUCAUCUGGACAUGUGACGAUGCCUCUGGGAACUCCUGGUCACCAAAGCUGCUGCACAAGUUCAACGAUGUCGUCUGGCACGUGAGCUGGUCCAUCACUGCUAACAUCCUGGCAGUGUCUGGAGGGGACAACAAAGUGACGCUGUGGAAGGAGUCUGUGGAUGGACUGUGGGCCUGCAUCAGCGACGUGAACAAGGGCCAGGGCGGAGUGUCUGCCGUGACAGAGGGGCAGCAGAAUGAGCAGUGACCCCUGAGGAGAGCUCCAGCUGCAGCUUGUCAUCUCUCUUCCUGAUCUGCAGUGUCUCUUGAGCCAAAUGAGAACUGAUUUUUAUCUAAACUGGACACGAACAUGGGAAACAAUUAAUCCGAUUUGAUGAGCACUCUAAAACCAUUACUGGGAGGCUACAAUGU